AAAAACAGGACCUAUGUAGACUACGGCGCAGUUUCCCCUUUAAACGCUGCGUCGCUCCAUCGGUGAUUAUUGGACUACCGUCGGAUUCCCUUGGAGACUCAGCGGAGAGAAUGAAAUAGCACUUCAAACCAGGAUCAUGGCGGCCCCGCUCGGGCGGGACAGUUUACCUGUCCACUGGUCCUACGGAGUCUGCAGCGACGGCAGAGUGUUUUUCAUAAAUGAUGAAACCCAGAGUACUACUUGGCUGCAUCCCCGUACGGGUGAACCUGUCAACUCCGGGCAUAUGAUCCGUUCAGAUUUACCUCGCGGGUGGGAGGAAGGCUUCACUGCGGAGGGGGCCAGCUACUUCAUAAACCAUAACCAGAGAGUGACGGCAUUUCAGCACCCUGUGACGGGACAGGUCUCGCCCGAAAACGCUGACUUCAACCUCCAGGAACAGCCCGACUCCCGGAUGUCGCAGUCCCAGCCCGAGCAGCGGCCCUCCAGCCUGGUCAGCGAGUCGUCCACAGCCGUCACCUCCUCCACUGUGGACUCCGCCUCGGGGUCGAAGGGCUCCAAGUCCAGCGGCAAGGUGCACGGUUUCGGGAAGAGGGACCAGGCCAUCAAGAGGAACCCCAAUGUGCCCGUGGUGGUGAGGGGGUGGCUCUAUAAACAGGACAGCUCUGGAAUGAGGCUGUGGAAGAGGAAGUGGUUUGUGCUCUCAGAUUACUGCCUGUUCUAUUAUAAAGACAGCCGGGAGGAGUCCGUCCUGGGGAGCAUCCCCCUCCCCAGCUACGUCAUCACUCCCGUGGAAGCCGAGGACCACAUCAGCCGCAAGUACGCCUUCAAGGCCUGUCACGCGGGGAUGCGUGCGCACAUUAACAGCCGGAGCUCUGUGAUUGGCUCGCAGGCCGAGCAUGGCGGCAUGAGGACGUACUACUUCAGCGCAGACACGCAGGAGGACAUGAACGGCUGGGUCCGAGCCAUGAACCAGGCCGCCCUGCUGCAGGGCCCGGGGCCCGCAAGAGAGUCAGAGAAGUCCGACACGUCGGAGAGGUCCGUAGAGCUGGAGAGCUCAGAGCGACAGGCGGACCCUCAGACCAAUCACGUCAACAGCUGCAGCCCAAGCCCCGCCCAGCCCGACGGCCCGCCCGAGCCGGGCUUGGAGCUGAGCGAGGAGAUCGGGGCGGAGCAGAGGGAGGAGGAGCCCAGAGAGGAGGAGCAGUACUCCCUCCUCCGGGUCACGCCCGAGGUCCCGGCCGAGGCCCAACCUCCGCCCGGGACGGGCGAACCCGACGCCCCCUCCCCGGACUCAGCCCCGCCCUCCCGCGCCCCCUCCGCCCUCCCCCAGCAGAGGAACGGCCUGCCCCCCGAGCAGAACGGGACGUCCCGCAGGGGCGGGGCCCAGCGCGCGGAGGCGGAGCGGCAGGUGCAGAGGAAGACCGCGCUGGCCCAGGUGGAGCGCUGGGUCAAAGUGCAGAAGGGAGGAGACUCCAGGAGCCUCCCGUCGUCCGAGCAUGUCCUCCUCCGGCCGACCCCUCCCCCGCAGCCCAAAAGCAGCCGAGCGGAGGCCUACCUGUCCCUGCCGAAGAUGCCCCUGCACCCGCCCGGGGGGGGCUCUCCCCCCACGCCGCGGAACCUUCCGAGCGAGUACAAGUACGCGCAGGACCGCCUGAGCCACAUGCGCAUGUCCGUGGGCGAGCGGGUGGCCAGCCGCGAGGGCAUGGUGUGGCAGCUCUACGAGUGGCAGCAGCGGCAGCAUUAUCGCCACGGCAGCCCCACCGCGCCCGUCUUCACCGGGGCCGCCGCCGCCGCCGACCCCCCCUCCGCCUUCUUCAGGGCGUCCCUGGACGUGCCCCGCUCCCUCUCCGUGCCCCCCUCCCCCUCCGACGUCCCCCCCUCGUCGGCCGGCCCCCCCUCCUCUAAGGGGGCGUCGCCCCGCCGGCCGCACACCCCCGCCGACCGCGUCACCGUGCGGCCCCUGGAUCAGACCCCCCCGCUGGAGGUCCCCGCCUCCGCGUCGCCGCGGCGACUGCGCACGCAGAUCUCCAAGACCUCUCUCAUAGAGCGGCGCUCGAUGCCGCCCGUCGGCUACAUCACCCACACAGUCAGCGCCCCCAGUUUGCACGGUAAAACGCCCGAGGAGCUGACCCUGCUGCUCAUUCAGCUCAGGAGACAUCAGGCCAGGAUGGCUAACGUGCGCAACGACGCGCUAGCCCACCUGCAACAGCACAACGGCCCCUCUGGCCUCCGCGUUCAGGCCGAUGAUACCUACACACAAAUGAAGAAGGACCUGGAGUAUCUGGAUUUGAAGGUAACUGGACGUGAAACCCUAAGAGACAGGUCGGCAAAGCCUCUCAAAAUUGCCGAAAGUGAUGUUGAUGUGGAGCUGAGCAGGUUGUGUGAGCAGGACAAGAUCCUGCAGGACCUGGAGACCAGGAUUCGGACACUGAAGGAGGAUAAGGACAAGUUGGAGUCUGUGCUGGACGUGUCCCACCAGCAGAUGGAGCAGUACCGGGACCAGCCCACCCACGCCGAGAAGAUCGCCUACCAGCAGCGCCUCCUGCAGGAGGACGUGGUGCACAUCCGCGCAGAGAUCUCCCGCGUUUCCACGCAGGAAAAAGAACAGAUUCGCAGGGAGCUGUGGAGGAUUGAGGAUGUGAUGGCAGGACUCAGCUCCAGUAAAUCCCACUACCAAGUCACCAUCAACUCUGUGAAGAACCCAGAGAGGAAACUCGUGCCUUCCAUAUCGAUGUCCUCGGUGCCUUCCAUGUCCCUGAGUGCAUCUGUGGGGGAGACCAGGCCCUCCACCCGGAGCCCGCACCUUAGCCCCGCCCAGCCCAGCCCGGACACCCCGUCCCCCCAGCCUCUGCUGCAGCAGCAGGCCCGAGUCCUCCAGGCCUCCGCGCUGUACCAGCCCGAGCCGCAGUGGGUGGAAGACGACGCCCCGCCCAGACCCCCCCUCCCCCAGCUCUACAGCCCCGAGGAGCACCCCCCGGCCGUGCCCCCCCUGCCCAAGGAGGCGUCCGUCAUCCGCCACACGUCCGUGCGCGGCCUGAAGCGCCAGUCCGACGAGAGGAAGCGCGACCGCGAGAUCGGCCAGGGCGUCAACGGCGACCACAGGGUGGAGCUGCGGUCCUGCAUCAGUGAGCCGGAGCUCUGGGUCCUGGGGGGCCCGACGGGGCCGCUGCAUCUGGGCCCCCAGGGGCCCAAGGGAGGCUACCAGACCCUUCCAAGCAGAGGUCUGACCGGCUCGACUUCAAUACUGAACCAAACAGACAGCAUUUCAUCAUAUGUGACCCUCAGAAGAACGGCUCCUAUGUCUGGCCUGAAGGAGAGGCCUAAGAGUGCGUUGGAGCAGCUGUACUCGGGGGACGUCCCCGCUCAGAGGGGGCGCAUGAGCGCGGAGGAGCAGCUGGAGCGGAUGAAGAGGCACCAGAAGGCCCUGGUCCGGGAGCGCAAGAGGACCCUGAGCCAGGGGGAGCUCCGCCCCGCCUCCCGCCCCGCCCCUGGCCACGCCCCCGGCCACGCCCCUGGCCACGCCUCCCGGUCCCACCCUGCAGACCUGGGCUCAUGGAGGCGAGAGCAGGCCUUCGACCUGCAGCUGCUGGAGAGGGCGGUGCCAGGCGAGGAGAGGCAGGGCGAGAGGGCGGAGCCAGGCGAGGAGAGGCAGGGCGAGAGGGUGGAGCCAGGCGAGGAGAGGCAGGGCGAGAGGGCGGAGCAACCCCGAUCCCAGUCUGAUGAGUGGCUGACGGCCCAGGCCACGCCCCUGAAGGAGGCGGCCAUGGAGCCACUGGACUACACCCUGGAUUUGAGCCGUGAGCUGUCCAUCCCUGAGAAAGUGUCCAUCCCAGAGCGCUAUGUGGACGAGACCGCGGAGCCACUGACCCAGGAGGAGGUCGAGGCCCGACAGCGCAAAGCCCAGCAGAUCAGGAGCGUCCUGGCCCGGUCCAGUGUGCAGAACACCCCUGACGGUCUGUACCUCUCAGAGUUGGACUCGGCAGUUGAGGAGAAGGAGAGGAUCAUCAGUAUUUCCCACACACUGGCGUCUGAGGCCUCACAGCUCAGCAGGCUAGUGGCAGCCAAGGCCCUGUGUCGGAACGCCGAGGAGCUAACCCAGCACGACCUGUGACGAACACCUGGGUGCUUCCAGACAGGAGAGAGCACUGCGUGGCUUUAGGUAUUAAACGAAAGUAAAAAAAAAAACAAGUUUAUGCGCAUCUUUUGUUUUCUCAGCGUUCAUCGCUAACUAUAGGACUCGUUUUGUAAUGCUUUUUUUAUUAGAGCUAAAAUGAAGUUUAUUUUUUAAAAGGAAAUUUUAAUAUUUGCAGUGGAAACAGGUUGUGUAAUAUUAGAUAUAUAUACGUGUUUAACAAUGUUAAUAUUGAACUAGAGUACGUUUUAUACAUGCGCUCGCACUUUUAAUACACACUGUAUCAUAAUGAAGGUUUGGAAUGUGUUUGGAGUUUAAGCAUAAAUAAUAUUAUAAGAAGGAUUGCUUUGUCUUGCUGUGUAGAGGUACUUUUUAAAUCUGUGGGAUUUAACACUAAUAUAUUAUGUGACUGCAGAGCCAUUAAGAGGUACAAAAUAUUUUGCAACAAAUGAUUAUUGUAUUUUUGUCAAAACACGACAAUAUUCUUACACCAAACACACAAAUAUAUUAUUUUUGUGUAACACACUGCCAGUUGAACCUUCACCUUCGCUUGCCAAAUGAAUGUUAUUUUUGCUUACAAAACUGAUGAGGAAAUAACUUUUAAUUUAACACUUCUGGGGUAAAGUAUGGAGAACAACAAUGGCACACAAUGUGAUUUUUUUUAAAGAAAUGUGUACAUAUUAAAAAUAUUAACCUGA